AUGACGUGGGCGCCACCCCUGCUUCUCGCCCGGCUAUGUCAACGCCGAUGGGACACCUCGCCCUACCGUGGAGUGCACAAACUCACCUGGACACGCCUGAAUCGAGCGCGAUGGCCCGAACAAGGCUCCCUGGUGUGGCACCCCACUUGGGGGAUCCAGAGACCCUUACCUCCGGCAGCUUUUCUUGGGGCUCCGGCAGCGAGCCCGCCUCUCAAGGCACCUGAAGGUUUACAAAAUCUACAUGGUCCUCAGCGCUUGCAUCAACGACUGAUGUCCGUGCUGGGCCUUGAUGCCCAGGAUGCCUUGGCCUUCAUACAGAGGUCGCGGGUGAUGGUGGAUGGAAAGAUUCAGAAGACCAACAGAUGGAUUGAGGACUACCAUCGGAUCACUCUGAACGGCCACCCCUUGGCGGAGCUCAGUCGAAUGGCCUUUGUGGCUCACAAGCCCGCAGGCUAUGCUCUCACAGAGGGUGAUCCUUUGAAGCGGCCAACAUAUCAAGAGCUGUUGCCCCAGACCUCGCUUGUGGCGCGACCCCUGGGUCCAGUAGACCUCGCCUCUUCGGGCUUGCUGCUCUUAAGCAACAUACCUGCGCUGCGGAAGCUUGGAGGCCGUAAGCCAGAUGUUUUGCUGCCAAGCACCUUCAUGAUCAGGCUGAAAGAGCGUCCGAGCGCUUUCCAGCUUGCCCUCCUCGAAUCCAGAGUUCCUUACGAGGCCGAGGCUGAGCCUUUGGUCAUUCAGGACAUCACGGAAGAAGAUUGCGGCGAAGACGUGGAAACACCAGAAUUAGCACCUCUGCCGGAUGAUUUGGGCGCCCUGAUGGACUCUACUAUCGCGCGGUGGCCCACCCUCCCCGUCAGGAAGGCACCCGUGCGGCCAAAGGAGCUGCUGCCAAUGCUGCUGAUGGUGGUCUGCGGGGGGACGGCGCAAAGCAUCCGUCAUGCGCUUUCGUUUGCCGGGUCCUUGGGUAGAGUCCUAGAAAUGGGAUACCAGAUCUUUCACAUGAAUUUCACAGCAUACCCAGCGUUUCUGGUUGAUACUCCUUCAUUUUUUCUCCUGUCAGAGCAUACAUCUCGCGUGUAG